CCCUCAGUCUUGUGUCGACGAGAUGGAUAGACGAGGAGAUUCGCGUGAGGCUACGGAACGAGCAGAUGUGACGAGCGGGCGCACCUUACGACGUAAUCAAGAAGUGGACAAUCCCUGUUACAAGGAGCACCUCCUGUCCCUGAGGUGCCUCGAUUCCAACCAGAAGAACCACAACGUGUGCGAGCCGUAUUUCUACAAUUACAAGAACUGUAAAAGCUUCUGGGCUUCCGUGCAGAGCGAACGCAGGUCGAAAGGCAUCAAGCCGCAUCUGCCGCCUCUGGAGGAGCGCGCCAAGAUAAAGGCCGACUACCUGAACUCUGGAUAGCGAUAGAUAUCAGCACGACUCUUGCUUUGUAAAAAUAUCUUUUAUUCCGUGAUAUUUUCUACAUCGGUUGUUUUUCCACCCGCGAUAUUACACCCGUAAUCUAUAUUACGCAUGUAUAUAGUCCAACAAAGUAUUUGUAUAUAAGCUUGAAUUAUAUUAAAUCUAACGUCGGAAAGAAA